GUCCACUGUGUCGAGGUCAUUCAAUGUGGUUGACUGGAAGAACACACCAAACAUUUAUUUGUUAUGCAAUGGUUUGCUACAUAUUAGCGCGUUAGUCGGUAAACAAUUUGUAAAAAUGAACAAUGCAAUAGGUCGUCGUUUUCUCAAUGGUAGUUGUGUCUGCCGGAGAGUCUUGAAAAAAGGCAGCGUUAGAUUGCUGGUCCCUCAACAACAUGAUGCAGCUCAUUCGCAAAGAAAUGUCAUGACAGCUCAUUCAAUGUUUCCACCGGUGAGAGAGUUGUCUUCUAAAAUUCGGUGUUCUCAAUGGACUGAAAUUCAGAGGCAGUUGUCAGGAAGGGCUGGAGGUACAAUGAAUGUAUUUGACAGGACUAUGAAGAGGAGACAGAAGAAAUGGGCUGCAUCGCUACAAGACAGUGACAAAUAUGACUAUCUGAGAGAUGAGGUUGGAAGCAGAGUUGCAGACAGGGUCUAUGACAUUGCAAGGACAUUUCCUUUGGCAUUGGACAUUGGCUGUGGGAAAAGUCACAUUGCUGAGCAUUUGCACAAGGAAGUAGUUGAGCAGCUCUUCUUAACUGAUAUCUCAGAAAAGUCUUUGAGAAACACAAGACGAAGUGAGAUCCCUACCCACUGUGUCAUGGCCGAUGAAGAGUUUCUACCCUUUAAAGAAAACACAUUUGAUCUGGUGGUCAGCAGCUUGAGCCUACACUGGAUCAAUGAUCUCCCUGGAGCCUUGAGACAGAUCAACCAGGUCCUGAAGCCAGAUGGGGUGUUCAUUGGGGCCAUGGUGGGCGGGGAGACCCUGUAUGAGCUGCGCUGCUCCCUGCAGCUGGCUGAGCUCGAGCGGGAAGGGGGGUUCUCCCCCCACGUGUCCCCCUACACGGCCGUCACAGACCUGGGCAACUUGCUGGGCCAGGCAGGCUUCAGUAUGCUGACAGUGGACAUUGAUGAAAUUCAAGUGCUCUAUCCUGGGAUACUUGAGGUCAUGAGUGACCUGCAAGGUAUGGGGGAGAGCAACUGCGCUUGGAACAGGAAGUCCAUGUUGCACAGAGACACCAUUUUAGCUGCAGCUGCAAUCUACCAAGAGAUGUAUGGGAGUGAGAAUGGGUCUGUUCCUGCAACAUUUGAGAUCCUCUACAUGAUUGGUUGGAAGCCUCAUGACUCACAGGCGAAACCAGCUAGAAGAGGCUCUGCGAAUGUAUCUUUUGGGGACCUCUCGAAGAUCGGCCAGCCAUCAACUAAAGACAAGUCGUAGAAAAAAACAUCUGCAGCCAUUGCAUAAAGAAAAUUACAGUAUGGGGUAAGUUCCCCAAUGAAGGUAUUGGCGAACGACUAAAGUAGAUAGGUGACUGGUUCCCGAGAGAUGUCCACUCAAUGACAUGUCAGAUGUCACUUUUUCACUGAUACUAAUCAACACAGAUUCAGUGUAAGCCAGACAGUGAUUGAGAAAGGCUACAACACUGUGUUUUAAGUGACUGAUAUGCAUGAUGUAUGACAGAAUUAGUUUCUCACCCAUUAAUAGCAAAUGCAUACAGUUCGACAUUACAUUUAUUUUUUAGUGUCUUGUGUUCCUGUCUUACCAUGCUUCGUGUUCUUAAAAUAAAUGCAAUGAUAUAAAUCUCCA